AUGACAACCGUGAAUAACUGUGAAGAGCUACACUGCCCCAAAGGAUUCAGAUGCUGUGAGAAUGAAUGCUGUCAGGAAAGCAAGAUCUGGGAUCCUGAAAAUGACCCCCUCAGGAUCGUGGUCAUCACCUUAUUGGUCAUUAUCGUCCUCCUGUGCAUCUGUGGCCUUGUGAUGUCCAAGUGCAAACGACUACACCAUGACCUCAGAGCAGCAGAUAAUCAGACUCCUCCAGAUGCACCCUCCAUCGAGCCCCUAGAGAGCAUUUGGGUCACCUCUUUGGAUCCCCUACCAACCUACAGUCAGGUUGUCCUGAACUCAACACCCACAGAACCACCUCCUCCCUACAGUCUCAGGCCUGAGCGCCAUACUGGCCAGAGGAGAGGGACUCGCUAUGCAACCAUUUGA